AUGGUAACCACUCCUAUGAAUCAAGGUCCCCCAGCCCAAACUAACCCCGCCACCAAUAAUAUUAAUGGUUCGGGUUCUCAAGAAACCCUCCAGGCAUUAUUAGCUAUGUUGAAUAACUCAGCACCAACGAAUAACCAAGAGGACCAGGCCUCAUAUGUCGGGAUAUAUGAAGGGGACAAAUCGUUGUUCCUUCCAGCGGAUAGACAAAGCCGGCAAAAACCCAUAAGUGGUACCUCGAUACUCCGAAAGAAAAAUGGAGUGCAGAAUCAAGAUGACACCACAGGUUUAGGCGAAACCGAAGGACUCCUAAUUCUGGAUAUCGACGUAGUUAUGGAGGAUG